AUGUCUUUGAACGGGCUCGAUAGUGCACCCGUCCUUGAAGCCUAUCAAAGUGCCUUGGCCGACGCGGGCGGGUGGUUCCUACUGCACUAUGUUGCAAGAGAUGAAGUUGCCCUUCAUGAACGAGGCACUGGCGGGGUGCCCGAGAUCCGAAAUGUCAUCGACAGCUACGAGGAAUGCUCGCCGCUGUAUGGUUUCCUCCAAUACCGACGCAGAAAAGUGAUCAUCCGGUAUAUGCCCGAGGGUUUAUCUCGACUGGUGAUAGCUCGAAGUAACGUCCAAUUCCACUCCGUCACCGAGAAGUUCACUCCAAACGACACUGUACUCGCUUUAUCCAAAGCCUCCGACCUCACCGAAAGCGCCUUGUCCUCGGCAUGCCUCCUUCAUACCGCUUCGACCUCAAUCACCUCAUCUUCGAGCUCCCUCCGUCGCCGACGACUGAUGGAAAUCACGGAGGAUGCGGAGGAAAAUGGCACGAAGGAUGAGGCUGCGAAGCCGAUCCCGCCUCCUCGGUCAGAGGCCAGACCAAGUUCAAGGAGCAGCAAUUCCGAAGCUACUGUAGUGCCGCCUAUUGAGAUCCCCGUCGACCUACCUCCGACAUCGCCAGGAAGUAUCACAGCGUCAGUCGAUAUAAGGCCUCCCCCGUCACGAGCGAGCUCCAGAGCCACAACAACUCGCGAAAGUCCCAUCGAACCACAAUCGGCAACAAUGUCGCCCAAAUCCAUGGACUCAGAUCGCCCCAGCAGCAAAUACCGAAACAUCUUGGAUGAAUUCCCUCGUCCCUCGGACGAGGCUCGGAUGUCUACCCAGUCCGCUCGUCCCUCACUCCGGGAACUGGAACGGGCCGCGGGAAUUACGCCUAAGGUCAAGCUGGGGCCCCGACCAUCAGUGGAUAGCAGUGGAAGGCCCCGUACAGCAGGCAGUUCACGAAUUACUGAGCAGCGACCCGUUGCGACCCUGCCUACGAAUAUGCGCUCUUCCUCCCUACGAAGGUCCACCGCCGACGUGCCCCGCCCUCGAUCUCAAGGGAGCACUUUCGCAGCUAAGCCCACUAGUCGUGUCCCACCAGUUCCACCUUUGCUCGUCCCGCCCCCGUCCAUUCCUAUUUCGAGGCCUCAACUUUCCCCUGGCGCCAAAUCCCUUGGUGCGCUGUCAACCUCGUCGGGAUUAACCCCGGAGAAAGAACGUUUGAUGAAAGCUCUGCAACAGAGAAAAAAGAACAUGGCCAAGCGUGCUGAGGAAACGAAAAAGAAGCAGCUCUCCGACGAGGAGGAGAUCAGGACGCAGGAACAGAUUGCCAGGCACCAGGAUGAGAAUAAGGAGAAUCUUAUCCAAAUUCACUAUCCGGAGCCUGAAGAGCCACCGUUCAAGCCUGUGGUAAUUCAACAGGACAAACGUGAAGUCCCUUCGGAGAUUUUACCCGUUCUUCCCGAGCCUGCCCCUGAGUCUGUUCUAGAACCCGCCCCUGAGGCUGUCGAGGCGGUUGCUGAGCCUGCUGUGACGCCCGAAUCAGAGCAGCCUGUGAAGCAUGUUGGAGCUCAAGCAGAACAGAUCGCCGAUGAUAUCGUUGGGAAUACGGAAAACGAGCCAUCUUCGUCUCCCUCGUCCCCAAUUGCCGAUAGUACUGUCUCAAUCAAUGGUGCUGUCCAACAGGAUGCCCAGACGGAAGCUCCGCAGUCGACCCCUGAAGAUGGACCGUCCACGGAGCAUGAGGAUCCUAGUCUCGCCCCACCUUCAUUUAGUGUCGACAUCCCACUCGACGACAAGUCCUCGGGAGACCCACAGCAAGUUUCAGGGGACGUUCCAGAAACAAAUUCCGAAGUUGAGCCACUUUCACAGCCAACUGAGGAGCCUAUCUCUCCAGAGGUUCCUGAGUCGAUUCCCCUUCCUGCCACCCCCGCUAUCACCCCUCCAGACAGCGCCGGCACCCAGACCCCGACCGCCCCUGUCUCCGACGCCCUCGAUCCCAAUCCGGCUGACGAGCAGAGCCUUCACCCGAUCCCCGAGAAAACCGAAUAUCAGAGCCUGGAUCAGAGGCGCAAGGUGCACUUGGACCCCAUUCAAGUGCCUACCCCAGAGUACUCGGAUGACGACAAUCUGCUUUCCGACGAUGCGUUCAUGGAGGAAUUAACCUCGGCGACUGUCCAGGAGGCCAGACCGAUAUCCGUGAAAUCCCCCAACGCCCGCGAUCACGGCUGGAGGAGCUCCCGUGCCGUUUCGAGUCCUUACUCUAUGCGAUCCCCUUCGCCCAUGCAAGCUCUCGCAGUGGGCCGGUCGGUGUCUGGCUCCUACUCCGAGAGCGGACCUUCUACGCCGGUACUCAUGGCCAAGAAGAUCAACGUCUCCUCCGGCAUUCACAGCCGCAUCAAGGCCCUCGAGAAAUUCUCGAGUCGAGAAGGCACCCCCGUGGGCGCCAGCCCGGCCCUGAAUGCGCCGUCGACCGCCUCGUCUUUCGAGAACCUCCGCAAGCGCGCAUCUAUCUCGCUGCCUCGUGGACAUCAUGACCCCUCUUCGCCGGACGCCGCUCAAACCACCGAGGAUUACCAUGCGCCGAGUUCAAAUCGGCACGACCGUCGGGUGUCUGUGGAUACUCGUCAUUCCAACUCUGUUUCUGUGACGGCCCGUAUCGUGCGCGAUGCAGAUGUUUCCCCCGGCUCUUCAGGAGUUGAGCCUUCGGAAUCCGACGUUCUCAAUCUCCAGGCCAGUCCUUUGACCGUGGAACAUGAGACGAUCGAGGAGCCGUCCUCCCAAGUGUCUGCUACUGGACGUGCCACUCGUCCCCAGGACCGCAGCACAUCAAUAUCAUCUAAUGGAUCUAGCCGCCCGGCGUCGUCUCGCCCUGGAAGCCGCCCCGCUCCCCCAUCGCGCUCUAGGACUGAUGAGACCAUUCAAUCCGUUUCUUCAACAUCUGAAGAGAAGAAAUCCUCUCGUGCUUCACGGCUCAUGCGCCGCAUGUCUUCACUCACAUCCACAUCUCGCCGCAGCAUCAUCGGGGCCCUUAGCUCCCCAGUCAAGGAAGAGGAGUAUGCUCCCACGUUCACCAAGGGCUCUGGAAAGGCCCUAGGGUCUUCUAGUUCGCAAAUAGCCGAGCCCAUUGACAUCGGUGAGGUGAAUGUCCAGUUCCCGGAAACCCUUCUCUGGAAGCGCCGAGUCAUGCGCAUCGAUGAACAGGGAUACGUUGUGCUCGCACCUGGCACCACCGAUGCCACCGCGCGAAACAUGACAAAGCGCUACCAUCUCACUGAGUUCCGGACUCCCUGUCUCCCGGAGGAAGACAUGCAGGAAUUGCCCAACAGCAUUCUGCUUGACUUCUUGGACGGGAAUACGCUCCAAUGUGCCUGUGAAUCGCGCCAGGGACAAGCGUCUACACUCCAGACUCUCCUCAAAGCGCACAGCGCCUACCAACAAUAA